AUGGCGGACACCCGCAAAUUCGUGCUGCCCGGCCAGCCCCCAGACAUCUCGCAGAUAUUGCAGGAGGCUCAGAAGCGGUGGCUGCGGCCCACCGAAAUCUGCGAGAUAUUGUCCAACUACAAGCUCUUCUCCAUCGCGGCCGAGCCGCCCAACAUGCCCAGGAGUGGCUCCCUUUUUCUAUUUGAUCGCAAAGUACUGAGGUACUUCAGAAAGGAUGGCCACAACUGGAGAAAGAAAAAGGAUGGGAAGACUGUCAAAGAAGCUCAUGAGAAACUGAAAGCUGGCAGCAUUGAUGUACUCCAUUGCUACUAUGCCCAUGGAGAGGAGAAUGAAAACUUUCAAAGGCGAACAUAUUGGCUGUUGGAAGAGGAUUUCACUCAUAUUGUUCUUGUACAUUACCUAGAAGUCAAGGGAUGCAAGCAAAGUUUCAAUCGUGUGAAAGAAGAAUUUAUGCAGUUAUCCAAUGUUGAUAGUCCUUCAUGUUCAAAUUCUAUCACUAGUCAGAACCAGAUGGGCCCACAAAAUAUGGAGGCUGCUGAAAGCCCAAUAAGCGGACAGAUUUCAGAAUAUGAAGACACUGAACCAGAUAAUUGCCGAGCAAGCUCCAGAUACCACCCUCUCGCUGAGAUGCAGCAGCUUGUGGAUGGAGUCAUAACGGAAAACAUGUUAUACCCUUCCGCUUCAACUGUUGAUAGUAGACAAGGUUAUCAUGGUGAAAUGCUGCCAAUAACAGAUAACUUAGAUAGCCGUUCAUUUUCUCACCACGACAUAACUAGAAUGCUCGAUGGCACCAACAUUGGGCUAAGCGAUGUUUCCAGCACUCUGUUUGAUUCAGUGCCAUUCAACGAGCCCUUUGCAAAUUAUUCAGCUGGGUUCACAGAGCCAACACUCCAUUCUUCAUUUGCCUGCUUAGAGGCUAACAAUCUGGACGAUAGCUCUUGUUUGCACACAUUUACAUCUGAGGCUCUAUACACUAACCACCUCAGCCAGAAGGAAGCUGAUGCACUGGGUUUCACUGGCAUAUUGGCAUCAGAGGUGAACGGAGAUAGAUAUAAUGAUGGUAGCAUCAAACAUCCACUCUUGAAGCAGUCAUCAUUGGAUCUAUUGACGAUUGAGACUCCUGGUUUGAAGAAACAUGACAGCUUUUCAAGAUGGAUGAGUAAAGAACUUGAAGAAGUGGUUGAUUUGGGUAUUAAAUCCACUUCUGAUGCUUUCUGGAGUAGCAUUGAGACAGUGAAGGUGCCUGAUGGUUCUAAUGUGCUGAGUAAUGAACAGCUAGAUGCUUAUGUAGUGAGCCCUUCACUUUCUCAAGACCAACUAUUUAGCAUUCUAGAUGUUUCACCAAGUUGUGCAUAUAUUGGUACAAAUACAAAGGUUUCGGUUACUGGUACAUUCUUGGUGAAUAAAGAACAUGUGGAAAAUCACAAGUGGUCAUGUAUGUUUGGGGAUGUUGAAGUACCAGCUGAGGUUUUGACUGAUGGCACCCUACGCUGCUAUGCACCAGCACAUCAAUCAGGAAGAGUUCCAUUUUAUGUGACCUGUUCAAACAGGGUGGCUUGUAGUGAAGUGCGAGAAUUUGAGUAUCGUGAUUCUGAUGCUCAGUACAUGGAGACUUCUCGUUCCCAAGCCAAUGGUGUAAAUGAAAUGCAUCUACAUAUUCGUCUUGAGAAGCUACUCACUUUGGGGCCAGAUGACCAUCAUAUGCUUGCUAUAAGCAGUGGUAAUGAGAAAUAUGAGAUAAUAAAUGCUAUAAAUUCCUUAAUGCUUGAUGGGAAAUGGUCAAAUCAAGAAUCUUCUUCUGUCAAGGAAGUAGUUUCCACUGCUAGGGUCCAAAGUUUAAAGAAACUGGUGAAAGAGAAGCUGCAUCAAUGGCUCAUCUGCAAAGUAAACGAUGAUGGAAAGGGUCCCAAUGUUUUGUGCAAGGAAGGACAGGGUGUAAUUCAUUUAGUAGCAGCACUGGAUUAUGAUUGGGCUAUAAGACCGAUAAUGGUUGCUGGUGUAAAUGUGAACUUUCGGGAUGCUCAUGGAUGGACUGCACUCCACUGGGCUGCAUCUUUGGGAAGGGAGCGAACAGUUAGUGUUCUCAUAGCAAAUGGAGCUGCUGCAGGAGCACUGACUGAUCCAACUUCUGAGUUCCCUUCUGGAAGAAGUCCAGCCGAUUUAGCUUCAGUAAAUGGACACAAGGGGAUUGCUGGUUUUCUCGCAGAAUCUGCUUUGACAAGCCAUCUGUCAGCACUUACUAUUAGAGAAUCAAAUGAUAGCACUGUAGAAGUGUGUGGGUUACCAGUUGCUGAAGAUCUCACUGGCAUUGAUUCUGCCCAGCUCGCUGUAGAGGGUCCUCAUACUGAAUCACUCGAAGGUUCUUUAAGUGCUGUUCGUAAAUCCACUCAAGCUGCAGCUCGUAUAUUUCAAGCAUUCAGGGUGGAGUCAUUCCACAGAAAGAAAGUCGUGGAAUACGGAGAUGAUGACUGUGGAUUAUCUGAUGAACGCACACUUUCACUUGUUUCUCUUAAAAAUGUCAAACCAGGACAACAUGAUACACAUCUGCAUUCUGCUGCUGUUCGAAUACAGAACAAGUUUCGUGGAUGGAAGGGAAGAAAGGAGUUUAUGAUCAUUCGCCAUAGAAUUGUCAAGUUACAGGCUCAUGUACGAGGACAUCAAGUGAGGAAGAACUACCGGAAGGUAGUCUGGUCAAUUGGUAUCGUCGAGAAAGUCAUACUGAGAUGGAGGAGAAAGAGGCCUGGGUUACGUGGAUUUCAGCCUCAGAAACAACUAGAAGGUCCAUCACAAAUCCAACCUGCAAAGGCCGAGGAUGAAUACGAUUUCUUGCACGACGGCAGGAGGCAGGCCGAAGCCAGGCUACAGAGAGCACUUGCCCGGGUGCACUCUAUGUCGCAGUAUCCAGAAGCAAGAGAGCAGUACCACAGGCUCACAACCUGCGUUGCUGAAAUGAAACAGUCCAGGAUGAUGCAGGAUGAGAUGCUAAGCGAGGCGGCUGGUGGUGCGGACGACUUCAUGGCUGGACUGGAGGACUUGAUCUGCAUAGAUGAUGCCCCGAUGUCUGCCAUUUGGUGA